CACCCACAUGGGUCGCAGAGCCGCCAUAUUGUAAAAUUCGGGAGUGUGAAUCUCGAUCUGGCCAUAAAUAUUUCCGCCUAGCCACCGGAUAAUUUCGAUUCCGUCGAACAACGUAGGCUCACAAGAUGCCUACUUAUUUUCAGAGACCUGAGAAUGCUCUGAAAAGAGCAAAUGAGUUCAUCGAUGUCGGCAAGAAGCAGCCGGCCUUGGACGCCCUCUACGAUGUCAUCAAGAGCAAGCGACAUCGAACCUGGCAGAAAAUCCAUGAGCCCAUCAUGGAGAAGUACCUGGAGCUCUGCGUCGACCUCCGCAAGAGCCACAUUGCCAAGGAGGGCCUCUACCAGUACAAGAUCAUCUGUCAACAGGUGAAUGUGAAGUCCUUGGAAGAUGUGGUGAGGAAAUACUUGAAGCUCGCUGGAGACCAGACAGAGGACGCUAGGAAGGCCUCCGAGGCAGUGGUUGGUCAUGUCGAUGUCGAUGAUCUCGAUAAUCUCACCACCCCAGAAAGCCUUCUCCUGAGUGCGGUCAGUGGAGAGGACGCUCAGGCCAGGAGUGACCGCGUGGUCCUGAUACCAUGGGUCAAGUUCCUCUGGGAGUCCUACAGACAGUGUCUGGACCUGCUCAGGAACAACAACAGACUGGAGAAGCUCUACCAGGAUGUGGCCCAGGAUGCUUUCAGAUUUUGCCAGAAGUACCAGAGGAAGACUGAGUUCCGGAAGUUAUGUGAUAAUUUGCGUAACCAUCUGAACCUGAUCGAGAAGCACCAGAACCAGUCGACAUCCAUCAACCUGAACAAUGCCGAGAGUCAGCAGCUUCAUCUGGAUACCCGUCUCUUCCAGCUUGAUACAGCCAUCAGUAUGGAGCUGUGGCAGGAAGCCUACAAAGCAGUGGAGGACAUCCACAACCUGAUGGGACGUUCCAAGAAGUCUCCCAAGCCCCAGAUGAUGGCCAACUACUACCACAAGCUUGGUCUGGUCUUCUGGAAGUCUGGUAACGGUCUGUUCCAUGCCUGCGCCCUGCACCGUCUGCUCCAGCUCUCCAGGGAGCACAGGAAGAACCUCACCACUGAGGAAGUCCAGAAGAUGGCUUCCCGCGUGCUGCUUGCCACCCUCGCCGUCCCUAUCUCGCCUCCCCGCAAUGACAUCGGGGACAUGCUGGAUAUGGGUAACACUGCUGCAGAGAAUCAGCGCAAGCUUGCCAACCUUCUGGGCCUGCAGUCCUCCCCAAACCGUCGCCAGCUCAUCAAAGAACUGAUCAAGUACAACGUGGUUCCCCACGUGAUCCCUCAGCUCCAUGACCUCUUCAAGUGGCUGGAGGUGGAGUUUCAUCCCCUGCACCUGUCUGAUAGGGUCUCUGGUAUCCUGGACUUCCUCAGGGAUAGCAAGGAGACCGAGAUGGCUCAGUAUGUACCUGCUCUCCAGGACAAUGCCAUCAUGAGACUCCUCAAGCAGGUGUCUGAAGUGUAUGAGACGAUCGAGAUGUCUCGCAUCUAUUCCCUGGUGGAGUUCUCCUCCCACUUUCACCUGGAGAGGAUGGUUGUUGAUGCUGCAAGGAACGGAGUUGUCCAGGUUCGUGUGGACCAUGCCAAGCAGUGCCUGGUCUUUGGUUCGGACCUGUCCUCGUCCCAGUACGAGCUCCAGGAGCCUGAGGGCCCUCACAUCCAGGACAUGCCCUCGCAGCAGAUCCGUCACCAGCUCACCCAGAUGUCCAGCGCCCUGGUCAAGGCCAUGCGUCUCAUCGACCAUGAGAAGAUUGAGGAGGAUCAGGUGACCCGUAAGCACCAGGUCAUCCAGAACUACCAGCGUACCGCCCGCAAGGACCAUGAAGCCAUCCUGAUCAGGAGGCAGAUCAUUGAGGAUAGAAAGGAGAGAUUAGAGAACCUUACUGUCCAGAGGGAGCGUGCCGAGCAGGACAUCAUCGAGGAGCAGCAGCGAGCCCAGCGCAACGCCGAGCAGCAGCGUCUGGAGCGGGAGGCGACCGAGCGGGCUCGUCGUAAGCAGCAGGAGGACAUGGAGGAGAUGAAAAGGAAGCAUGCCAAGGAACGCAUCAAUGCCAUCAAGUCCUCCAGCAUCGCAUCUAGGGUCUUCUCCAUGUACGAGAUGGAGGAAUUGGAGAAGCUUGAUGCUGAUCAGAUCAUGCAGAGGCAUGUAGAGCAGCUCGAAGCUGAAAAGAAGGAACUGCAGACCAAGCUCAAGUCUCAGGAGAAGAAGGUUGAUUACCUUGCCCGAGCCAAGCGUAUUGAAGAGAUCCCACUUCUUGAGGAGGUCGCUUCGGAUCUGACCGUGAAAGAUCGUGAGCUGUGGGACCAACUUGAAGAGGAAAGGGUCAAGCAGCUGCAGAAGGAGCGUGAGCAGGCCUUGGUCACCAAGCAUCGUUUACUACGCGUCAAUGACGAACGAGAGAGCUUCCUUGACAUGCUCAGGCAGACUCGACUCAACCUUUAUCAGGAGAAGCUGGCUGCCUUCCAGGAGAAAGUGAAGGAGGAGCGAGCCAAACGCCUGCUGGAGCGCAAGGUCAAACGGAAGGAGGACCGUCGAACCAAGUGGUUGAAGGAGAAGGCCGAGGAGGAGCAGCAACGCAAGGAUGAGGAAGCAAAGAGAGUUCGUGAGCUGGAACAGCAGCAGGCUGAAGCUGAAUACCAGGAGCACCUUAAGAAACUCCAGGAGCAGGAGGAAAUGAAAAUAGCAAGAUUAAGGGAAAUUGAAGAGAAGCGCAUGAAAGAUACCAGACCUUCAGAGCCUGAAAGGACUUGGCGUGAUGAUAAGCCGAAAGAGAUAUGGCGACCGGUCACUAAGGAAGGAGGCUGGAGGGAACGCGAGAGACAGCGUGAAGAAAGUCGCAGGGAGAGAUCUAAUCAGGAACCACAAGAGGAAGAGAGGGAAGCUCCUCCCACCCAGGAGCAGCCUGAUUCUGAAGAGCGAGUUCAACAACAAGAAGCAGCACCACCAGCACCUGCUCCAGAGAGGGAGGAGAGGAGAAUUAAGAGUCGCUUCGUGAGCCGGGACAUCCGCUACGAGGAAGGCGGAGAGUUUCACCCAGCGACGAAAGAGCGAGAGGAGAGGCGUGCCAGGGAGGCAGCAGAGGAAGCUACACGUGCUCAACCCUCGAGGGAUGAGGGGGAGACUUCAAGGCCUGCCGCCCGAGACACCCGCGUCGAUGCACCUGACAUCGUCCGUGACAGUGAAAGAAGAGAUGACUCCAGUAGGAGCGAUAAUCGCAGUGCUUGGAGAAAGUCGGAAGGACCACCCAGAGAGAUUGAAGGUCGCCCACCUCGCGAUUUGGGUCGCCGUGACGAGGGUCCAAGGUCGUUCGGUCGUGAUGAGCGGCCACGGGGAGGUUACGGCGGCGGCAGACGGGAUGAUGGUCCACAACCAAGAGAUCUUGGUCCAAGAGAUAGCGGUCGUAGGGAGGAGCGCUAUGGUGGACAAGAUGGCGACGACCGGAGUUGGAGAGGUGGUGGUGGCCAACAAAGAGGUGAUGACUCCCAGCAGAGUGCCAGACGCUUAGAGAGGCCUCGCAGGGAUGACGAUGGAGGAGGAGGAGGAGGAGGAGGAUGGAGAAGUGGCCGUGGUGGCGAUCGUGGUGGAGAUCGUGGCGGGUACGGCGGUGACCGAGGUGGAGAUCGUGGUGGAGAUCGUGGAGGCUAUGGUGGUGAUCGUGGCGGUGACCGCUAUAGCGACCGUGGGGGCGACCGGUUCGGUGGCGACCGCCGUGGCGAUCGCGGUGGUGACCGCGGUGGCGGUGCAUGGCGCAACGAUGACCGUGGCUCAAGGCCUGAGCCCCGAGGGGAACCCAGAGGACCAAGGGAAAUGCAACGUCCGGUGAGGAAUGAGGGUGGAUCAUCAAGGGUAGAAGAGCCAACCUGGCGGGGUCAGGGUGGAGAGAAGGGUGGGGAAAGAGGCGGUAAUCAACAACGAGAUGAACCCAAGAGAGAAGAUGAUGGAUGGACCACUGUCAGCAAGCGUUAGAUAGUUAAAUUUAUGAAAACCCCAAGUUCUAACUUGUUAUUUGGUAGUUAUUUGGUAAUAAAGGCCUGCAUUUCUUGUUCACCAUCAUUUGGAUCAAAUUGAUGCUUUUCUUUUCCUUGCAUGCAUGACAGUAUUGUCAUCACAAUGGCAGUAGCUCUAACAAAUUUGACCAUUUUUCUUUUGAAAGACAAGUUGGUGUGAAGCACACGUCAUUCCUCUAAUACAUACGUUUGCAUGAGACUUGCAAAUAUUGGUUAAAAUAAGGUUUUGUGUUUAAUUCUUUUAGUUUAUUAAGACUAACUAUACCAUUUAUUUGAGAGGAGAUAACUAAAAAGAGAAGAUUUUAUUUUAACUUACUAUUGUACCACACGAAUGGCCACCUAGGGUGCUUGAUAUGGAAAAGUGGAAAUUUACUCCUACUUAUUUAAACUUCUUACAUGAAACUUUUAACUAUAUCAUGUAAUAUUAUUAUAGAGUAUGGUAACAUUCAAAUGAAAUGCAACUAUUGAAGCAUCGUCUUGAUAGAAUUUCCUGUGAGAGUUCCCAAAUACUUUACAUUCUGUGUUUAGCAUGUCUGUUUCCUUUAGAGGCAUUAUUGCCAUUAGUAUUAUGUAUGUUUGAAUUUGGAAUAGUAAACAUAAGAUACACUUUGUUGUACAGCAAAGUACAUGUACAAAUUUGUGUUGAAAAAUCAAUGAAGAUAAUGAGAUGUCUCCCUCUAGGGGCGUUUUUGUUUGAUCCUCCCCUUUAUUUGGGUGGGGAUGGGUAAGAGCUUUGAUUGCAUCGUUAGAAAUCCUCAUCUUUUUCUCAUGGGAAUUGAAAAUCAUGGGAUUAAAAAGAAUCGUUACUCAUUUGAAUGAAAAUGAUCAAUUGUUGAAAACAUAGAAUAGUAGAACUGAGAAGCUGUGUCUAACACUAUUAUUCAUAUCCAUAUUCUAUUCCCCAAUUAAUGUUCUUGCAUUCUUAUUUCAGAGAAUUAUUUUAUCUAAAAUUUGUGAAUUAACAUUUCUGCAUACUAUCCACCUUAGUUUCUUUGGAAUGAAAAAAAAAAAGAAGAUGAAAUAAAUAAAGGAUUGUAAUCAAAUGA